AUGCACGCCUUCCAGAGCCUCUGUUACAUGCUGUUUGCCGUCAGCGCAAUGUCAGCACCUUUCAACCAAACCGAGGCUCAAGGCGUCAACCCCCAGAACACGACCGUGACCUGCAAGACCGCCGGCGGCAACAUCCGCAUCAACCUCAACAAGGCCGAAGGCAACAUCCACGCGGCGCCCCGGGGCGACCACGACACGAAGAGCGGCUACCCGCACGAACUCAAGAACGGCGACGGCGCCAUCAGGACGUGGCCCAACAGGAAGUGCAACGACAAGCACGCCGAGCUGCUCGAGUUCCCCGUCUUCCCCGACGGCCACCUCUUCCCCUUCGACCAGGAAAUGAAGCCCGCCGACAAGUCGUCGCUGCUGACCGGCAGUGCGCGCGCCGUCUACACUCACCCCGGCAAGGACUUUUGUGGCGUCGUGGCGCACACGGAGAAGGACAACAAGGGCCCGUUUGCUCUCUGCGAGUGA